AUGAGACCAAAGGUGCUAGAGAUAUCAUGGCACGAGACUCAAGCUGUCUAUUCAUGUGAUUUCCAACCUCUCCCUCCCACUCAACUUAAGAGGCUCUUAGCACCUUCUACUUCUUCCGCACAAAGUGAAGAAGACACCAUCUCAGCAGGAGGAAGUAGUUCUUCAGGACCAGUCAUAGCUGGUGGGAGACAAUAUAGAUUAGCUACUUCCGGUGGUGAUUCGAAAGUCCGGUUAUGGAUGAUUCAUCCUAAUAUCCCUUCAAUCUCAACUUCCACACAUACAGCUUUGACAGGACAGGAAAUAACACCACAUCCACCUAGAGUAGAAUAUCUAACUACCUUAUCAAAACAUACCGCUGCCGUAAACGUCGUCAGAUUCAGUCCAAAUGGUCAAACUUUAGCUUCUGCAGGUGACGAUGGAAAUGUCAUAUUAUGGGUACCGUCAGAUAGACCUGUGGUGACUUUCGGAGAGAAUCCAGAUGAAGUUCAAGAUAAAGAAUAUUGGAGAUUGCAGAAAAUGUUACAAGUGACAACGAAACAUGUGUAUGACCUAUCUUGGUCACCAGAUGGAGAAUUCUUCAUCGCUGGUUCAACCGACAAUACAGCUACUAUAUGGAAAGCAUCUACUGGUGAAUGCGUCUUUGCUCUGCGAGAACAUACUCAUAAUGUACAAGGUGUAUCUUGGGAUCCGUUGAACGAGUAUAUUGCAACUCAGAGUAGUGAUCGUUCGGUACACGUCAAUACAUUCACCAUCCGAAAUAACAUCCCUGAUGUUCAUCCUGUAUCACGGGCUAAUCGGAUGGAAAUUCGACAUUCUCGAACACCCUCGUUCCCCUCGAGCACCCGACCUAAUCUCGCUAGACGAGCCUCCACCACAUCAGAAACUGGAUCAGUGAUUACUACCACCUCUGAACAUCCCGAGUACACUCCUAAUGUACAUCACACGUCAAUCUCUGGGGCGCCCGCGACACCAAGUGCGUCAGUACCUUCAACGCCACAAGCGACCGCCAUGAAUCCACCGCCACCGUCAAAUCGACCAGGUUCGAGACGAUCUUCAUUCUCAGGAUCGCAAGCUGCUGCUUCACCAUCACUUAGUGCCGCCGCAUUUCAAGGUCGUGGACGUUCACCUUCUCCAAUACCACCUUUGCCGGCGAUCAGGGCGCCACCCGUAUCGACAUCAGCGAUCAUGCAACGUCUGUAUGGUGAAGAAGGUGUAACUCGAUUCUUCCGUCGACUCACUUUCUCGCCUGACGGAAGCUUGUUACUCACUCCAGCAGGUCAAAUUGAAGACCAAAUAUAUAAGGGGUCGCCCAUGCUCUCAACACGCUCAUUAUCGCAGGAUCCUAUGGAUCGUGAAGCUUCAUCUUCGGGACCUUCUAGAGAUCAUAAUUCCGUACCAAAGCCCAAGAACAUAGAUGCUGGUAAACCAACCGUAUAUAUCUACUCGAGAGCUAAUUUAGCCAAAGCACCAAUAGCUCACUUACCAGGACAUAAAACUGCAGCUGUGGCUAUUCGAUUUUCACCCAUCUUCUACGACUUAAGAACUGGUAUACACUCAAACCAAUACACGAGCGAACCAAAGCACAUAACUUUAGAUAAGAAUAUACCCGGACCUAUACAUGUUUCACUAUCAAUGCCACCUCCUCCUCCCCCAGCUUCAACUUCAUCGACAACAGGAAAAGAAGAAAAAGAAAGUCAAAAACCUUUAGGUAGCGUGUUCGCCUUACCUUACAGAUUGCUCUAUGCUGUUGCAUGUCAGGAUUCAGUACUGUUAUAUGAUACCCAACAAUCUGGACCCAUAGCUAUAUUCAAGGGUCUACAUUAUGCUGGGUUCACUGACAUUGCGUGGUCACCCGAUGGACAAACAUUGAUCUUGUCAUCAUCAGAUGGAUAUUGCUCAAUAGUAGUGUUUGAUUUGAACGAAUUGGGAACUGUUCAUCCUACUCAGCAACAUCAUAGACAGUUAGCUGCUAUCGCUCAAUCGCAUUCACAUUCGCAUACAACUAUGCCAACACCUUUAUCGCAUCGAGAAUCGAUUUCUUCUACCAAUGCAACACCUACACCCAUGCCUCAUUCCCCAGCAGUGAGCGUAGCUAGACAUUCACCAGCACCAACAUUGGGAAUGAACAGAAGUGACAGAGAAGGUUCAAAUGCAAGUAGUAUCAUAACGAAUUACACUCAACAAAACGUCGCCACCACAAUCGGGAAUAUCCCGCAUCCUUCAAAUACGAGUAUAGCAAGUUCAUCGGAGCAAAUAUUACCUACACCGUCAGAUGAAUUAGAUUCCUUCAAUUUCAAAAGUAUCAGGAACAGUUCUCUCACAGGAAGUGAGAGUUCAGCAAUGGGUUUGGGUCUGGGUUCGAUCGAAGAUCCUUCAACUGCUGCAGCUGCGGGUAUCGCUAAAAGACCUAAUACGUCUUCCUCAACGAGUACAGCUGAAGAAACCAAUGCUACCACUGAAAGUCAACCUAAAAAGAAAAGAAGGAUUGCAUUGACUCAUCUAGGCGAUGAGGGCCAAUGA